CGCUCACGUGAGUAGCGGCGCUGCCUGACGCGCGGAGGGACAGGACGAGGGGCGGGUGGCUGGAGCUGGCAUGGCGGCUGCCGCGGCUGAGGGGGCUGGGGCCGUCGCUGACCCGCCGGGCGCUUGCCCCGGCGCGGACAGCGGGAACGUCUCCCAGAGCCACAGCAGCGCGUCAGGCCUCGGGGAGCCGGAGGACGACGACGCCUCGGAGGCGUCACUCAGCGCCACCGCCGCCGCCUAUUCCGCGUACCUGCUUGCCGACCGCAGCCUCUUCAGCGAACAGAUAGAAAGCUUAGACAAGAGUUUAGAAGACUUGUUGACCAGAGUGGAUGAAUUUGUGGGAAUGCUGGACAUGAUUCGAAGUGAUUCCUCUCAAGUUGUCAAUGAAAGUAUACCUCAAAUUUACACAAAAGCUACAGAAAUGAGGCACAUAUACAGGAAGAUUGACAAACUAGAGGCUUUUGUGAAGAUGAUUGGAAAUAGCGUAGCUGGACUGGAAGAACGGGUCAUAAAGGCAGAAACAGACCUUGGAGCCUUUCCGAGCACAUUCAAGAAAAUCUUGCACACAAUCAGCAUACCAUCAUUCCUUAAUAAAUCAUCUUCCUCACGACAACAACAGACCCUCUAUGAACCUCCAGUCCUCUUCAAGACUGAAGACUAUUUUCCAUGUCUUAAUGAAGCACCUCAUUGAUGAUUUUUGCGUUGGGAUUGAUAUGAAUCAGCCAGAACAGAGACAGCCAAGUGAACAAAAGAAAUGCUAACCUCAAAAUAGCUGCAUUUCUGAACAUUAUUGAUGGCAUAUUGCCAUUCUGAUUCUCGUUGUCUUCCUUCAGGCAGUGUUUUCAGGUAAUCUUUGUUUGUGGACAUUAUUUCAAAAGUCUUCCUAAAACAGUAUAAAUUUUCAGAUUAUAUUGGGUAAGAAACUUCACAAUACUUCUGCAUUAGAUUUUUUUUUUUAAUAAGGAAAUAAUAGGAAACAUACUUUUUUAACACAUAAAUAUGUGCUGCUGCAAGAGUAAAUAGCUGUACCAUGAGGAUAUCGUCUUCUUUCCUUUUUUUUUUCCUAAUAUACUGAGGUGAAAGAAAAAAUAUGCAUAAAAUCACCUACUCCAAGUUUUGGAACCUGGUCCCUGCAGUUUGUACAAUGAAAUGCACCACGUUGGGAUGUACAAGUUGCAAGGGGAGGACUUGGAAGAUCAACAAGGAAUCAAGGACAUGGCUUGAUGCACAUGAUCUAGUUCCAGUUUACAAAGCAAACAUCCUGCCCCCACUGAUGAUCAUCAGGUCACAGUGACCUGAGCUUCUGAUUAUUGCAGCAUUGUAUUGUUUGAUGUGUAACCAGGUGGGCGUGAUAUAUAUAUGUAUAUAUAAAAAAUAUAACCUGCUGUCAGAAAAAAUAUCUUAAUUUGAGGCAGGGACAUCCCUGGACUGAGCCUCAAUCGGGCACCUAGCCAGACUGUCCGCUGUUCCUUCACAACCCUCCGUGUAGUUACUGGGGCUCCCUGCGCUGAUUGGAGUGUAAGUAUAUUAUCAAUAAACUAAUAGCUAGCUAACCCCUGCUUGUGGUCUUGCAUUUCACCUGAUAGUAUCAAACUGCACCAUUGUUUCUGAGAACCUUUUUGCCUACAGCCUUGUAUAAUAUCUAGCAGGUGUUAAUCAGAAAUUGUUGCAUUCCUCUGAACAAUAAUUUUACCAUCACUGUUUCAUUGCCAGUGUAACUCACUACAAAGAUACCUGUUUACCAUAAGAUGUAUGUAUAGAUAUGAUAAAAGCUCCAUUCACAAGAUAUGCAGGAUGGACUGAAUGUUAGAGGUCAUCAUUUUUUCAUAGCUCCCGGACAAAAAUCAACAUGAUCUGUCUUCCCUAAGUAUUUAUGUAUAUGGUAAACUAUGCCUGAAAUAGAUAAAGAUCAAUGUUUGUACUUAAGUAUUUUUUUGGACCUGCACAUUUUGUUUCACUCUUGAGCAAUACUGCUGCAGGUGCUAUAAAGCCUAAAGAAAUUAUAGAAGGAUGUACAUUACUGAUAUGAAAAGAAAUGGAUUAAAUUAUUUAUCUGACCAAAUAAUAAAUUAUGUUUAAAGAUG